CGAAAGUCCCGGCUGCUGUCUAUUCAGUGAAGUUGCCGGUAGAAUGGGCCGUGCGGAGCGGAAAGCGGAGAUGCGGGAGGAGAUAGUGCGGCGGGAGCAGCAGAGGGACCGGAGGAGGCAGAUCUCCCGCAUAUUACACAAGACGGCGGCAGAGAGGAGCCCCGGGGAGCGGCAGCUGCUGGAAAGCUACGCCGAGCUGGUGCGGGAACUGGAGAGACACCGGCAGAGGAGGGAGAGGCUGCGGCACCGAGAAGAGGAGAUUAAUGACACAGAUGAAGUGCUGCAGGGAAAGGUGCUGGAACUGGCAGAUGCUUUACGUGGCGCUAAAAACAUGGUCAUCUACACUGGAGCUGGAAUAAGCACGGCAGCUGCUAUUCCCGAUUAUCGGGGACCAAGCGGUGUCUGGACUCUACUGAACAAGGGCAGAAGCGUGAGCACUGGUGAUCUAAGUGAUGCGCAGCCAACCUUCACACACAUGUGCAUUUCUCGGCUCCACAGAGCAGGGCUGACGAAGCAUGUCGUGUCACAGAAUUGUGACGGACUUCACCUCCGCAGCGGAUUACCUCGAGAAGCCACUUCUGAAGUACAUGGAAACAUGUACAUUGAGGUUUGCACAUCGUGUUCCCCACACAGAGAGUAUGUGAGGUUGUUUGACGUGACAGAACGCACUGCUCUUCACAAGCACAACACUGGACGUAAUUGUCACAAGUGCGGAGGAGAACUGAGAGACUCUAUUGUGCACUUUGGCGAGCGGGGAAAGCUGGCACAGCCGCUGAACUGGGCGGGAGCUGUGAAAGCCGCUGACAAGGCCGAUGUCAUCCUGUGCCUGGGAUCCAGCCUGAAGGUGCUAAAGAAGUACCAUUGUUUGUGGGGAAUGAACAGACCUGCAAGUCGCCGUCCAAAACUUUACAUUGUAAAUUUGCAGUGGACACCCAAGGAUGCUCUGGCUACUCUAAAGAUCCAUGGCAAGUGUGAUGAUGUCAUGAGGCUACUGAUGGACGAACUGAAGCUGGAUGUCCCAGAAUAUGACAGAUCUCUAGAUCCAAUAUUUUCUAUAGCCGUUCCACUGUGUCCCGGAGAAGAAAACAGCCAUUCUCGCAAGCCCAUCAAGGCAGCAGAGACUCAGAAGCUUCAAGAACAGACAAAACAGAGUUGUCAGCAGCCUGUCAGCGGGGGCUGGUUUGGUAAAGGCUGCACCAAAGGAAGAAAAACGAAAAGAUAAUUUUUUAGGGUUUUUUAUAUUGUUAUUUUUUCUUUUUUUAUAGUUUUUA